UCUCUUUUUCAGUCUUCACCAUCAGAACAAAGCUUGGAGCAUAUGAUUAACUCAAGACCAAAACUCAACAAAGAGGAGAAGAAGCAGUUUAGAAAGCAAGCAAAGGCCAAGAAUGUUCUUCUGAAACAUGAAGGCAUAGAGACUGUCUCCCAUCCUUCCAAGAGUCUGGUCGUGUCCAAUGGCGGUCUGGGAAAUGGCGUGAGCAGACAGCAGCUAGUGGAUGUCCUGCAGAGAUGUGGAUUUGUAGAAUCUCUAAUAAUGCCUCCGAACAAGCCCUAUUCAUUUGUCACAUAUUCAUCCACUGAAGAGGCCAUAAAUGCUCAUACAUCACUCAGUGGUCAAGAGCUCCCAUCUAGUGACUGGGAACAGAAAAUAACUCUGUACUUGAGUUUUGUUGAUACAGUUGGUGUACAAGCGACGUCCCCUCCACCCUUACCUUCUGGCUUGAUCAUUGUAGAAGAUUUUGUCUCUCCCGAAGAAGAACUGACGUUGCUGGAAAGCAUUCACUGGGAGUCGGAUAACUGCAACCAGAAGGCAUUAAAACACAGGCGAGUGAAGCAUUUUGGAUACGAGUUCCGAUAUGAUAAUAAUAACAUAGACAAGGACAAGCCUUUACCUGGUGGUCUCCCAGAGUCCUGUAAUGCUUUACUGGACAAAUGCCUCCAACAAGGGCUUAUAAAACACAAGCCUGACCAACUAACAGUGAACCAGUAUGAGCCAGGACAAGGCAUUCCCCCACACAUCGAUACUCAUUCAGCGUUUGAAAGAUGAGAUUGCGUCUUUGAGUUUAGGAGCAGAGAUUAUCAUGGACUUUAAGCAUCCAAGUGGUUCCAGUGUCCCAGUUAUGGUGCCACGCCGAAGCCUACUAGUUAUGGGUGGAGAAUCGAGAUUCUUGUGGACUCAUGGCAUCACUCCAAGAAAGUUUGAUGUGAUUCAAGUGUCAGAAGGGCAGAAAGUUGGGACUGUCAGCAGGAACACAGAGGAGUUAACGUUAAACAAGAGGGGGACAAGAACAUCCUUCACUUUCAGGAAAAUCAGACAUGGCCCCUGUAAAUGCGCCUUCCCAUCAGUUUGCGACAGUCAACAAGAGCAGAAAAGGGGUUUCCCUCCUGUGGUGGGAGACUUGGGAGCAGCAGCCAUGGAAAAGGAAUAUGUCCACAAGGUGUAUGAGGACAUUGCUGGCCAUUUCAGCAGCACCAGACACACUCCAUGGCCCAGAGUGGUGGACUUUCUCAGGUCUUUGCCAAUGGGUUCUCUUGUGGCUGAUGUGGGCUGUGGCAAUGGGAAAUAUCUUGGUGUCAACAAGGACGUGUACAUGAUAGGUUGUGACCGCAGUAAAAAUCUUAUACACAUUUGCGGAGAAAAGGAAUACAAGGCCUGUGUUUGUGAUGCCUUAUCAGUUCCAUUCAGACCUGGUUCAUUUGAUGCCUGUAUCUCUAUAGCAGUAAUACACCAUUUCACCACAGAGGAAAGAAGAUUGGCAGCUCUACAAGAAUUAACUGAUCUCCUUAGGAAAGGUGGGCAGGUGUUAAUCUAUGUCUGGGCAAUGGAACAGGAGUACAAGAAGAAGAAAUCGAAAUACCUGAAGGAAGGCAAAAGUUUUAAUGAACCAUUACCUCUGAGUAGCAAAGCCGAUGUGAAUCAGGACUCCAAUAGCAAAUUACCUGUUCACACUAACAGAACAGCCUUCGACUCUCAGGACCUUUUAGUGCCAUGGCAUCUCAAGCCAAAAUGUCAAUCCAAGAACUCUGAAGCCUCUACGGGGGCAGAGCAGCUGGUGCCCAGCUCUGUGUAUCAUCGAUAUUACCACGUGUUUCGGGAAGGGGAGCUGGAGGCACUGUGCAGAAAACUGCAGGAUGUUACAGUCCAGCACACGUACCACGAUCAGGGGAACUGGUGUGUAAUCCUGGAGAAGCUGUGA